AUGGAUUCAUUGACUCAUGUUAUUGAUCCCGACGGGAAUGUGAUCAUAUUGCUGUACAACUCAAGCAGUCCGAUUGCGGAGCCGUCUGGAAGUGGAGCCAUUAUCUGGGACACUGAUGACCAGCAACAUGACGCCAUGCAGUCCAGUCCCGAGUUGUCUCUGACAAAUGAAGAGUCCGACGUUGGGGAUUCCGACGCCGAAGAGUUUUAUGCCGAACACACCGACGGCGAACACACUCUUGACGAAGCCCACCCCGCCGAAACAACCAUGUCCCAUGAGAAUGGUCCAAAUGUGCAGGCACUUGAUGCCGAAGACUCCCACGGUGCGGACACCGAUAGUGAAGAGACUCAUUCCGAAGCCUACCCUGACGACGCGGCCAUGUCCGACGACAAUGCUUCAAAGGCGGAGGCGCAAAAGUGCAUACGCAUUCAAGUGUCUGCCAAGCAUUUGACAUUUUGCUCCCCAUACUUCCAGAGAAUCCUGACUGGUAACUGGAAAGAAAGCAUCAGCUUCUUCAGAGAAGGCUCAGUUGAAAUCACCGCGACAAACUGGGAUAUCCAUGCGUUCAUGAUCAUACUUCGAGCUAUGCAUGGGCAGAAUUAUCUCAUCCCCAACGUGCUGACCCUGGAGAUGCUCGCCAAGGUCACCGUAAUAGCAAACUACUACGAUUGCAAAGAAGCUUUGCAUCAUUUGGGGGAUAUGUGGGUCGCAAAUCUCCAAGAGAGAAUACCCAUGGACGUUUCCCGGGAUUUGAUGUUAUGGAUAUGGGUUGCUUGGUUUUUCCAACUCCCCAUCGAGUUCCUCCAAUCAACUUCGAUAGCCAUGUCGAAAGGUAGAGAUUUGAUCGAUACUUUGGGACUUCCUAUUCCGGGAGAGAUCAUGGGCACAAUCAACAAACGCAGAGAAGAGGCCAUCUCAAACGCAAUUACCCGUGUUCACGAAGUACAUGACGUCUUUCUGAGAGGCACUCGGGGCUGUUGUUGGACCUGCCAGGCCAUGAUGUAUGGAUCUAUCUCGAAGCAGAUGGAAUCCUGCAAAAUGCCUUUGCCGAAUGAUGAGACUCAUUUCAGAGAUUCGGACUACGAUUCCCUUGUGCGAGGUAUGAUGGCAUUCAGUCCUCCAGUUUGGUGCAAUUCGUGCGUGAUCAAUGCGACACAUGGACGUCUUCCGUGUCCCCCGCACAAAUGCUUUGAUUCCUCCAGAUCCAUAUUCGCGGGAUUGAUGCCUCUUAUUGACGGGCUGAUGCUGAAUGAGUUCUCCGAAUUGCAACCUGAUUCAUCUGGCACCACCCAAGUUGUUGGGAGUGGGAAUUUUCAGAGGCUGAUUGAGCCACUGUUGAGAGCCAAUGCUUAG